AUGGACGCAUUUCUCUCACAACCAAUAUCACAUUCCCAUGCUCCACAACCUGAUCGUGUUCCAGCUAUCCAAUUAAAAAAUGAUAUUAAAGCUCGUGCUUCAACAACAGAUGAAUCAUCCAGCUCAAUUUUCCAUUCGACCUUACGUACACAUCCAUUGAUUGCCGUUGGUGAACUUCCAAGAAACGAAGCACUUAUGCCAAUGAUUCGACGACAACGUACUGUUGAAACAGUCGAUGCCGAUGAUCGUUUACCAGAAAAAUUAAGAAAGACGUAUCGUGAUGAAAACUUCAUCUUGCAGGAAGACUACAAUUUAAUUAUCUUUACAACGAAAACUAAUUUAUCUAUUCUGAAGCAAAACAAACAUUGGUUCACUGAUGGAACGUUCAAGAUGUGUCCCGAUGAUUAUUAUCAACUCUUUACAUUACAUGCAAUGAUGACUAAUGCAAUUAUUCCUAUCGGUUAUGGGUUAUUAAUUGGUAAAAGUACUGAAGACUACAAUUUAUUCUUCGAAAAAGUGUUAGAACAAGACGAUUUUCAAUCUGAAUCAAUUAUGACUGAUUUCGAAACCGGUACAAUCAAUUCAGUCAAAGAAAUGUUGCCAAACGUUUUAUAUAUAGGUAUGUUCUAG